GAUUAUACCGUGGACUACUCGGGUCAGGGCUCACAAUCAGGACAGCAAAAUCAACAUCAGCAAGCAUAUGAUACGUCACUUCAUCAGCGUUCACGACACCAGCAGCCUCGGGCCUCUAUUCACCAUCCUGGAGGCCCGGCUGCUGGUAUUCAUGGCACUCCCGACCCGCAUCACGGAAACCCUCAUGUCCAGCACGCAGCAAUGGCUCAACACCAUCAGCAUCCAUCACCACAGAUGGUCAUGGACCCUUCUCAUCUAGGACACCAUCGUCUGGGGCCGCCUCAGUUUGGAGCCCCAGGACAAGUCAUGGCCCCUAUGUACCAGACUCUUUCGACCCCAACACCACCGAAUCACCCUCAGCAUUCUGUGCCUCCACCCGGCUCUAAGCGGCCACGACCCAGUGAUCUUGAUCUAUCUGUUACAGGAAUGGCUGACUUGGACCAUUCGGAUCUCAGUGGCAUGCAACAGACACCUUUGGGAGCAGCAUAUGCUCACGCUGCCGCCGUGGCAGUUUCACAGCCUCAACACCAGCCUAUACAUCACCACCACCACCUCCCCGACUCGGAGCCACCUUCCAAGAUGAUGCGCCGCGACGACGGCUUAGGGGGAGCUCCAAGCGUUGUGGGACAAAUUGGAAUGCCGGAUCCAGCACCUCGCCCCCGAGGUCCUAAACUGAAGUUCACGCCAGAAGAUGACCAGCUGUUGAUCGAACUGAAGGAAAACAAGAACUUGACGUGGAAGCAAAUAGCAGACUUCUUUCCAGGACGAUCUUCAGGGACAUUACAAGUUCGAUACUGUACGAAGCUCAAAGCUAAAACAACGAACUGGACCGACGAGACGGACCAAAAGCUUCGAACUGCCCUUCAGGACUACGAGAACGAGAAAUGGAGAAUCGUCGCCAAUAAAGUUGGCACUGGCUUCACUCCUGCAGCGUGUCGAGAACGAGCUGAGCAGCUAAUGGUUGAGGAUCCAGCAACUUUGGCGGCUUUGUCACAGUCAUUAUCACCAGCUGUAGCCUCAAACGCGGAAUCCGAAGAGCCCUUAUAUUCCCAUCAUCAGCUUCAAUAAUAAAAGAAAAAUAAUUAUGCCAGCGGAGGGUUCAUUUUAUAAUCGCGACGCAUCAAAAACACCACAUUCCCCUUUCAGAACGCUCCUUAUUUCUUUACGAUCAUUCGACCUACGCCCAAACACAUUCGCUUUUGCAUUUGGC